CGUACUUUACUCGCCGUAUUUGGAUUUUUCAAAUAUUUUUACCAAAAUUUCUAAUAUAAAAAUUACAUUAACUCCUUUGUUAGAGCAACAUAUAGUGGUUAGGUUUUACAUUAUCUAGCCUUUUUAAAUCGCAUAAAGUGAUUUAUCGGUUAUCAGUUACCUAUCUAUUGCAUCACCAAUAAACCUUUUUACAUGGGCACAACCUUAUUGAAUAUUAGCAAGAAAUGCCUUCUCAUGGAAUUGACGAAGAGGAAAAACCUUGUAGAGCGUGUACAGAUUUCAAAACUUGGGCUAAACAACAGAACAAAGUCACAUCAGCGGAGCCGAACAAACAGGAUGUACCUAAGAGAACAGACUGCCCUCUAGACAAAGAUGAAUUAGGAAAAUCAACAUGGGGUUUCCUCCACUCCAUGGCAUCAUAUUUCCCAGACAAACCCACACAGUCACAGUCAAGUAACAUGGCGAGAUUCUUCAAUAUCUUUGCGCAGUUCUACCCAUGUGAGCCUUGUGCUUUAGACUUUCAAGAGGACAUAAAAAAAAAUCCACCGGAAACUAGCUCCAGAGAUGCGCUAGCAAAAUGGCUGUGUGAACGUCACAAUACUGUAAAUGUGAAGCUUGGGAAACCAGAGUUCGACUGCAGCAAAGUCCACGAGAGAUGGCGAGACGGCUGGCUGGACGGCUCCUGUGAUUAAGUCGCAAUAUGUGAAAGAUGUUGCCAUGUAUAUAUUAGUAACUUUUACCCGCGAUUACACUC